AUGCUCGCUUUUCUGAAAAAGACAAAGCCAAAGAAAGUCGGGACAUCGUCGAAUGUUCUGACAAUUCCAACAGGGUUGCGAAGCCAGAUCCAUCUCGAUCCGGUGAAUCAGGCUGUCUAUGUCAACCAGAGAUUGCAGCGUUCAGCCGACGCUCUCGACUGGAUUGCCAAUACGCGCAGGCAUCCCCAGCUGGAUUGCCUGAAGGUUAUCUGGGAGCCGAUCAGUGACGUCACGGCCCGCAUUCAGAACGCCCAUGAAACAGGAAGCCUUUCGGACACAGAAGAAGGUGAAGACGCCGAAGUCCGGGAUGAAGCGCUGGCUCUUCUUCGCGAAGGAGCCGAAAGCGGUGUGUCUGAUAUCCACCUCCACCGCAAAGAGCGCCACACCGAAGUCCAGUUUCGAAUCAACGGUUCACUCGUGGUUGCCCAUGAGCUGACGAACGAGCAUGCGGAUCGUCUUUUGCGGGCGAUGUACACGAUGGCGACCUCCCGUGACAGCGCAUACAGCGACCUGUCGUUUCAGGACGCAGCCAUUGCUGGCGAUAUUCUCAAGGGAACAGGGCUCGCCAACGUCCGUAUUGUCAAAGGCCCGUGCCUUCCGGUUUCGGAAGGUGGAAAGUUCAUGGUCAUCCGCCUUCAGUACGUGAAAUCCGGAGGCAAUCGCCGUAGUCAGCCGCAGCAGCAGACUACCUUCCGAACUCCGCGCAGACCUGAAGGUAAGCUCAAACUGCUCGAAUACGGCUUCACGCAAAGCCAGGUCGACCGCAUCCUGAACAUCGCCGUCUCGCCUUCAGGCGUCCUCAUUUGUACCGGCCCCACCGGAUCCGGGAAGACGACCCUGCUCUACGAGAUCGCAUUGCACAAAGCCCGGACCCAGCCGGAGCGGCGCCUGGUCGAGAUCGCCCAGCCUGCUGAGUAUCCCAUGCACUGGGGUAUCCAGCUUGAUAUUUCGAAUGCCCUGACGUCCGAAGAAGCGGGUCGUGAGUUCCGUGCACGCCUACGGACCGCGCUACGUAUGGAUCCGGAUGACCUGUCCAUCGCAGAAAUGCGCGAUAGCGAAGUCGCGCUGACCACGUUUGAUUCCGCGCAGACAGGCCAUUUCGUGAUGAGUACGCUCCAUGUGGACGAUCCGUUCGAUUACCCUCUGCGGUUUCAGAACAUGGAUUUCGAACGCCUGAGUUUCCGCACGACCUGCAAUGCCUCCAUCGUCCGGGGCGUCGUCGCACAACGUCUGCUUCCUGUCCUCUGCAAACACUGUUCGCUUCCAUGGACCGUCGCUGACGAAAGACUGCCACGCAGGACCUGCGAAGCUGUCCCGACAUGGGGCGAGGAUCUCAGCGCGGUCCGCAGAAAAGGGCCAGGAUGCCCUCAUUGCUUCGGUACUGGCAUCUCCGGUCGAACCACGGUUGCAGAGGUUGUCGAAACGGACGAACAGUUGAUGUCUGACUUCGUCAAUCAUGGCGUAGCCAUCGCCCGGCAUCGGUUCAGAGCACGGCCCGAUGCCGAUCCGUCGAUGGUCGAGACAGCAAUGGGCCGUGUCUUCCAGGGGCUUGUCGAUCCAUUUGCCGUGACGGCAACCGUUGAUCGGAUCCGAACACGUGACGCCGUCAUGAGCGAACGACUGUCAGGGGCAAAACUGUCAUGA